AUGACGAGCAGCCACCUAAAGUCAGAUGAUACGUUAAAUUCAACUCUUGAUUCGUCUUCAACUACCAAACAAUCAUUAGAUAUUCUGACAACAAUUGAAUUAAAUCAAGUUCAACAAGAUUCUAAUAAUUUCGAAUUAGAAAAACAAUCGCUAUUUGAAGAAUAUGUAUCGUUGAAAAAACAAUGUGAUGAACUUAUUAAACAAAAACAAACGAUGGAAACUAGAUCUCAUAUACUAUUAAACGAAAGUCAUCGAAUAAUUGAAGAAAAAGAUAAUGAACUAAAACAUCUUCGAGAAACUACCAAUACUGUUUUAUCAAAUAAUCAAACGGAUGCCAAUGAAUUUGUUAAAUAUCAAAGAAUGCUAAAUGAAUUAAAAGAUGAAAAUAUUCAUUUGAAAAAUGAAAUGUUUAGUUUGCAAAACAUACUCGAAUCGAAAGAAAAAAAUGAGAAAGAAUAUCAAGAACAAAUUCAUAGAUUACAAUUACGAAUUACAGAGCUUGAAGAUUGGAAUGUAGAUUGUCAAAAUAAUGAAUCAUCUGGAAUAAUUGAAACGAAAAAUACAAAAAAUACUAAUUUUCAAUCAAAUCUCGAUUUAUUAACAUCCCGUAAUAGACAAUUAGAAAAUGAUUUACAACGUUUACAAUUACAACAACGCAACAAUCAAUUAGCAUUAGAACGUCUUGAUGAAUAUGAAGAAACAAUUUCUCAAUUACAAGAAGAACUUAAUCAAUUAAAUUCAAAUAAGAAAAAACAACAAACCGGUGUUGAUGAAGAUAUGAAUCAUCUUCUUAUGGAAGAACGAAAAAGAUACGAUGCAAUAUUUGAUCUUCUUGAAGAAACACGUUUACAAUUGAAAAAUGAAAGUAAACAGUCUGAAGAAAAAAUUUCAAAAAUUGAAACUAAUUUAAACGAAAAAUUUGAACAAGAAAAAAUAAAUCUUGAAAGUCAACUUCAGAUUAAAGACAAGCAAAUUGAAAUUGAAAGAAAUGAACGAGAAAAUCUUCAAAAACAGAUAAAUAAUCUCCAACAAUUGAAAGAUGAUCAAGAACAAGAAAGUCGUUUAAAAGAAAUAUAUAUUAGAGAAAUGCUUGAACGACAAAUCAUUGAACUUAAUGAAGAAGUACAAUCAUUAGAAAACGAUAAAAAUGAACUUAAUUAUCAAAUAGAUCAACUUCAACAACAGUUACAGUCAAAAGAUCAAUUAAUUCAAAAUUUUCAGACUUUCACUACGACACCUGGUGCACCACCCAUGAUCAAUUCAUCAUCACAUAUUCGAGAUGUUUCUCUAUCACCACAAAUAUCAUCUGAUCGUUUACUUGAACUCGAAGGUCAAAUUUAUCAAAAUGAAGAAAAAUUUCGUCAAAUAAAUUCCAUCUAUAGUCAAUUUCUUAGUCUUUUACCGUGUGAAUAUACAUCUUCAAAUGAUACUUAUGUAUCAUUAUCAGAUCGAUUUGUUAAUCUCUUUGAACAAUUCUCAACAUAUAUUGGUACAUUUUCUAUAAUACAAGAAGAACUUGAUUCUUUAAAACAAAUACUUAUUGAAAGACAAGAUGAACUUGAAAAAUUACGAACACAUUUAGAAUUAACAACAGAUAAAUUAGCACAAUUACAAGAAGAACAAUCUUUAUUAAAUAGAAAUAAAUCAUUUGAAAGUGAUGAAGAUGAAUUAGAAGAAAUUCUUGGAUUUCAACAACGUGCACCAUCAAGACAAUCACUAUUAUCGAUUACACCAGGUGAAAAACAACAAUUACUUGCACAAAAUGAACUUCUUUCAUCAUUAUUAACUGAAAAAGAACAAGAAUUAAUAUCAUUACAACAAGCAGAAAAAUCACAUGAAGAUUUAAUAAAAAAUUUAGAAACGUUACGACUGAAUUUACAACAAAUGGAACAUGAUAAAGAUAUUAAACAAAUUGAAUUAAAUGAUAUAAGAAAUGUACUCGAUGAAAAAUUAAGAGAAAAUUCUUCAUUAAAAAAAGAAAAAAUGUAUUUUAUUGAAAAACUUGCUGAAUAUGAACGUGAACGACAAGAACAAAAAUCAAUUAUUCAAAUGUCAUCUAAACAAUCAUCUCAAGAUAAAACUGAUAAUAAUUUCAGUGAAGAACAAUAUAAAAACCUUUCUUCUAAUUAUGAUCAAUUACUUGAAUUAUCUAAACGUCAAGAAGACGAAUCUUCAUCAUAUUAUCAUGAAUAUGCACGUAUUCUUUCUCUCUAUAACGAUCUUAAUACGAAAUAUAGUCAACUUGAAAUUGAUUAUAAAUCUAUUCAAUCAUUACUUCAACAAAAAAAUGAAGCAUAUUUACAAUGCCAGAAUGAAUUAAAUACUUAUCAAAAUUUAUUAUAUCAUCAAAAGAAAAAAUCUGAUGAUAUUGAUUUAUUACGUUCAACAUUAAAUGAACGUGAAAUAAAAAUUCAACAAUUAAUUAAUAAUGAAAAUCAAUUACUUAUGAAACAAUCUGAAUUAGAAUCUCAUAUGAAAUUAUUAGAAGAAAAUAAUUUUAAAUUAAAAUUAAAUCAACAAUUAUUUGAACAAAUACAAUUAGAUAUAAAACGUAUUACACACGAACGAGAUUUAGCUAUUGUAGAAAAAAAACAAAUAGAAAAUGAAAUAGAACUUAAUAGAGAAAAACUUUUACAAUAUGAAGAACGUGAGAAAAAGUUAACGACUGAAAUCGAACGCUUAUGUCAAAUAGAAAAAACAUUAAGAACUCAACUUGAACAAUUAGAUAAUUCAAAUCAAGAAAAAACUGAAUUUAUUCAUCAAUUUACUAUGAAUAAUGAACAAUCUCAACAAGAAUUAUUAAUGAAAUUAGAAACAUUAAAGCAUGAAAAUACAGAGAUUAAAGAAUUUAAUACAAAUUUAACUAAUCAAUUACAAGAUCAAAUCAAAUGUUCACAAAAUUUACAAAAUAGUCUUGAUCAAAUUCAACAGGAACGUGAACAACAUAUAAAUGAACAUUUAUUUCAAUAUCAAGAUUCUUUACGUGAACAAAUAUCAAUUUCAGCUCAUUUAACAAAUGAAAAUAAUGAACUUCAUCAACAUUUAGAAGAAUAUAAUGAAAUAUUAUUAUCUGUAAAUCAUUUAAAUGAUGAAAUAAAAACAAAAGAUUUAUUAAUAAACAAACUUCUAAUUGAAAUUGAUAAAAAAAAUAAACAAAUUUUAGAAUAUAAUGAAAAUUUUCAAACAAUAAAUGAUACACGUGUUGAAAAACAACUUGUUAAAAAUAUUCUUUUAUCUUAUUUUCAUACACCAAUUGAUAAACAACAAGAAGUUAUUCCAAUUUUAAGUGCACUAGUUGGAUUUACACAAGAAGAAUAUCAAAAAGUUAUGAAUAUAAUAUCGAAUAAUUGUAAUAAUAACACUAGUACAAAUUGGUUAACUAGUUGGCUUAGUAUAAAUUCAUCAAAACCAAAAAUACAAUCGAAUAUUUCAUUUGAUCAAUCGAAUAAAUCAUUUACUGAAUUAUUAAUUCAAUAUGUUGAUCAACAAUCAGUGAAUACUUUUCCACAGGCAAUAUCGAAUUUUAAUACUGAUGAAUGUAAUAAUCAUCAAAAUUUGAAUAAUUCAACUGUUUCUACAUCUGAUAAUUCUAUGCAUUUUCCUCGUGAUAAACAAUUAAAUACAAUCGAUUCAACAACAUCGAAUGUUGAACAAAAUAUAAAUAUUCAUAAUCAAUCUCCUCUUCCAACAUCAUCUACAAUUGUUGAUGGUCUUUUAACAGUUUGA